CGGACAGUAGCGCCUUGUUCUUCUCCUGCUGCGCAAGUACAGCUGCCGUACCAAUGUCGCUUAUUCACGAGAUCCUGGGCAAGCUGUCCUUGGAAGGAAAUCAAUCAAGCACAAGACAGUCGACAUUAGGUUCAGUCAAAGCAAGCUCAAACUUUGAUGCAGAAAGGGAUGCAGCAGCCAUCGAAACUGCCAUUAAGACUAAAGGUGUGGAUGAGUUGACAAUCAUCAACAUUCUAACAAACCGCAGUAAUGAACAGAGACAAGACAUAGCAUUUGCCUACCACAGGAAAACAAAGAAGGACCUGCCAUCUGCAUUAAAGGGAGCUCUCUCUGGCAAUCUGGAAACUUUUAUGUUGGGGCUAAUUAAGACUCCACCUCAGUAUGAUGCUUCAGAACUGAAGGCUUCAAUGAAGGGGCUGGGCACCGAUGAAGAUAGCUUAAUUGAGAUCAUCUGCUCCCGGACCAAUAAAGAGUUGCUGAAUAUUCAGAAUGCAUACAGAGAAUUAUUCAAGACAGAACUGGAAAAAGACAUUGUGUCCGACACCUCUGGUGAUUUCCGCAAAUUAAUGGUGGCUCUUGCUAAGGGAAAACGCCAGGAAGAAUGUAAUGUGGUAGAUUAUGAGAAGAUUGACCAAGAUGCCAGGGAGCUGUAUGAAGCUGGAGUGAAGAGGAAAGGAACAGAUGUGAACAAAUGGAUCUCAAUAAUGACAGAAAGAAGCAUCCCCCACCUUCAGAAAGUAUUUGAAAGAUACAAGAGCUACAGCCCAUACGACAUGGAAGAGAGCAUUAAGAAAGAAGUGAAAGGAGAUCUGGAGAAUGCCUUUUUGAAUCUAGUUCAGUGCAUCCAGAACAAACCCCUGUAUUUUGCAGACAGAUUGUAUGAUUCAAUGAAGGGCAGAGGCACCAAAGACAAAAUCUUGAUCCGAAUUAUGAUUUCACGAAGUGAAUCGGACAUGCUGAAAAUCAGAUCAGAGUUUAAGAAGAAAUAUGGCAAAUCGUUACAUUACUUCAUUGGGCAAGACACAAAAGGUGAUUACCAGCGUGCCCUCCUUAACCUCUGUGGAGGAGAUGACUAAAUUUCCAACAAAACUGGAUCUGUUCUCCCCUUCACUGCUUGCCUGUGGUCUGCAAAGUGAUCCAGCCAAUUGUACGUCUGUACUGCUACAUUCCCGUUUCCUUGCCAAUAAAACUACUCCAUAUUUUA